AUGUUCCGGCUCGUGAGCAUUCGCAAUGCCUCGAGGCGUCUCUAUUCUGCGAGAGUGAAAACUACUGAUUUUAAGAUAACGGCCCAAGAUGUACCAGAUGAUUCUGUUGUAUUUAGUAUGAUUCAACCGACAGGUAGGUUCCAUUUAGGUAACUAUCUGGGGGCAGUGCGAGUAUGGAAAGAUUUGUGUGAUCUCAAAGGUGAUAAUAUUAAGCUUUUGUUUGGAGUGGCCGAUUUGCAUGCCAUUACUGUGCCGAAACCAGAUGGAUCCAAAUUCCGUCAACUGAGAAAUGAAGCAAUUGCAAGCAUAUUAGCGGUAGGGGUUGAUCCGUCAAAGGCAAUUGUUUUCCAUCAGUCAUCUGUGCCGCAGCAUACUGAAUUGCAUUGGAUUCUAUCCACAUUGACACCGAUGGGCUAUCUCAAUAGAAUGACCCAAUGGAAAUCUAAAGCUAACGUUAAUGACAAUUCCAGUGACGAAGCAAUGCAAGCCGUCAAACUGGGGCUAUUUUCGUACCCGGUCUUGCAAGCAGCGGACAUUUUACUAUAUAAUGCGACGCAUGUCCCUGUCGGUGACGACCAAGCUCAACAUCUCGAACUGACACGCCACAUUGCAGGACAAUUUAACAAGACCUACAAGUGCAAGCAUUUUGUUCCUCCGGCAACGCUGUUGGCACCGACGAAAAGAAUCCUGGCUUUGAACAAUCCAGACAAGAAAAUGUCUAAAAGCGAUCCAAAUCAAAAUUCUGUGAUAUACCUCAAUGAUACUCCCAAAAUAAUCAGUGCCAAAAUCAAGCAAGCUUUAACGGACUCAAUUUCGCAUAAAUUCUAUUUUGACCCUGUCAACAGGCCCGGUGUUUCAAAUUUGAUCAACAUUUUGAGCGGCAUUUUAAGAUUAUCCAUUAGCGAAGUGGAAGAUGAGAUUAGCAAGUUUGACAGUCAUAGUUCCUUCAAAGAUUACGUUAGUGAAAUUUUGAUUGAGGAACUGAAAACCCCAAGACAUAAGUUUGAAAAGCUUAUGCGGGAUCAGGCCUAUUUACAAGAAGUAUCUGAAAAGAGUGCGCGGAGUGCGGCCACGAUUGCAGAACCAAACAUUCAAAAAAUCAAGAACAUCAUGGGAUUCUGA